AUGGCGCAACCCGUCAAGAGGUUUCCCGGCCACUUGGCUCAGUUCGUGAGGUGCUACUCAGUCUCCGCCGAGAGCAUUCCGGCCGCCAAGAAGAAGUACGUCCCGACGGAGGGCACCUAUCCCAAGGGCUUCCAGGCCUCUGGUAUUCUCGUUGGCGUGAAGCCGGGAAACAAGACGAAGCCCGAUCUCGCUCUUCUCAGCUCAGACCGGCCCUGUGCCGCCGCCGCCGUCUUCACCAAGAACAAGUUCCAGGCGGCGCCCGUCACCUUCAGCAGGGACUUACUCAAGAAGAAGGCCAACCGCGGCAUCCGCAGCGUUCUCAUCAACUCGGGAUGCGCCAAUGCCGUCACCGGAAAGGGAGGUCUCGAGGAUGCUUCUCUGAUGGCCAGCGCAGCCGAUAAGGUUGUCGGAGGGGAGGGCGAUGCGUCAUCCACCAUUGUCAUGAGCACAGGAGUCAUUGGACAGAGGCUGCCCAUUGCCAAGAUUGUCGAUAACGUCCCAGCUGCCCAGGGAGCUCUGGGCUCCUCUCACAAGCACUGGCUGAGCUUUGCUACCGCCAUCUGCACGACCGAUACGUUCCCGAAACUCAUGUCAAAGACCUUCACGCUGCCUUCGUCACCAAAUGUUGAAUACCGCAUCGCUGGAACCACCAAGGGCGCGGGUAUGAUUCACCCCAAUAUGGCCACCCUUCUCGGAGUUGUUGCCACGGACGCGCCCAUCUCGCCCGCUGUCAUGCCUUCCGUCCUCAAGCACGCCGUCGACCGCUCAUUCAACAGCAUCACCAUUGACGGAGACACUUCGACCAACGACACUCUCGCUCUGCUCGCCAACGGUGCUGCCGGCGGCAAGGAAAUCUCCUCCGUGGACUCACCCGACUACGCCGCCUUCCAGCAGGUCCUGACCGACUUCUCCAUCGACCUGGCCAAGCUCAUCGUCCGCGACGGCGAGGGCGCCACCAAGUUCGUCACCAUCCGCGUCGUCGAGUCCGCCAGCGAGGAGGCUGCGCGCAAGAUUGCCAGCACCAUUGCCAGGUCGCCCCUCGUGAAGACUGCGCUGUACGGACGGGACGCCAACUGGGGCCGCAUCCUGUGCGCGACCGGCUACUCGCUCGUGUCGGAGCCCGGCCAGGCCGUCAAUGACGUCCCCGAGGUCACGCCCGAGAAGACCAACGUCUCGUUCGUCCCUACCGACGGCACGCCUGAGCUGAAGCUCUUGGUCAACGGCGAGCCGGAGAUGGUCGACGAGGCCAGGGCCUCGGAGAUUUUGGAGCUGGAGGAUCUAGAGAUCUUGGUGAGGCUGGGAACUGGCGACAAGGAGGCAACAUACUGGACUUGCGAUUACAGUCACGAGUACAUUACCAUCAACGGCACCGGGAAAGUAUCCCGCCGGCCUGAAGACCGCGCCGAGGCAUCGGGGUUGGGUGCGGGCACUGCUAUUGGAGGCCGGCACGACUGGCGCUCCCCCGCAACGGUGACGCGCCGAAGUGGCACCACCGCAUUAUCCUUACGGGGUGUCCGUACUUUCAGUUUUUCAACCCAAAGGAUGAGCCCAGCUAUACGGCAGAAACCCACCGCUACAAAUCUGGGGAGGGGCCUGGGGCCAUUCUCAGACGCAGAGGGCGGAGGCGGAGGUUCAAAGGCGGCUACCCCAGGAUCCCCACCUUUUGGGGGUCCCUACUCCCUAGGCAGCUCCAGACUCAACCUCGGCUUGCCGGCUCGUCCCAUUGCUCGUCUACCGUACGAUGAGACUAAACACUCCUCGUUCAAAAAGGGAGUAGAUAUCCAUGCCCAAUUGACGUUGUCCCCCAUUUUCUGCAUCUCUGUACUCUUCCAUAUCUCCAAAACCUCGCAAAUUCCCAACUCUGAGACGAAUCAAUCUUAUGACGUCCAGAGUCCCAGCCAUCCUGUCACCGCCUUCCAGGUCCUGGAUCGCCUCAGCGAUCGCGCCAAAGAGGCGCUUGAUCUCGUGGCCAAGUUUGUCGAAGAAGAGUGCAUCCCAGCAGACCCCGUCCUAGACGCCCAGAUUGGCCAGGGCGACGCGAGAUGGGACCACCACCCAGCCAUCGUCGACGACCUCAAGGUCAAGGCCAGGAAGUUGGGCCUGUGGAACAUGUUCUUGCCAAAGGGCCACUACAAGGAGUCGCCCGGCUUCACGAAUCUCGAGUACGGCCUCAUGGCCGAGUGGCUCGGCAAGUCGCGCGUCGCCUCCGAGGCCGUCAACUGCGCCGCGCCCGACACGGGUAACAUGGAGGUGCUGGCCAAGUACGGAAACGAGGAGCAAAAGGCAAAGUGGCUCAAGCCGUUGAUGGAGGGCCAGAUCCGCUCCGCGUUUUUGAUGACGGAGCCCGAGGUUGCCUCGUCGGACGCGACCAACAUUCAGCUCAGCAUGCGCAAGGAGGGCAACGAAUACGUCCUGAAUGGCUCGAAAUGGUGGUCCAGCGGUGCAGGUGACCCCAGAUGCUCGGUUUACAUCGUCAUGGGCAAGAGCGACGCAAACAACAAGGACCCCUACAGGCAACAAUCCGUCAUCCUCGUCCCCGCGGACACAAAGGGCAUCACCAUCCACCGCAUGCUGCAGGUCUACGGCUACGACGAUGCGCCCCACGGCCAUGGUCACGUUAGCUUCAAGGACGUCAGAGUCCCUGCCAGCAACUUGGUGCUCGGCGAGGGCCGCGGCUUUGAGAUUAUCCAGGGCAGACUUGGUCCCGGUCGCAUCCACCACGCCAUGCGUACCAUUGGAGCAGCCGAGCGAGCUCUCGAGUGGAUGCUGAUGCGCAUCAACGACCCGACCAAGACGCCGUUCGGCAAGCAGCUUAAGGAGCACGGCGUCAUCCUCGAGUGGGUAGCCAAGUCCCGCAUCGAGAUCGACGCCGCCCGCCUGGUGGUCCUCAACGCGGCCAUCAGGAUGGACGACCUCGGCCCCAAGAAAGCGCUCAAGGAGAUCGCCGAGGCAAAGGUGCUCGUCCCGCAGACGGCGCUGACCGUCAUCGACCGCGCCAUCCAGUCGUUUGGCGCGGCCGGCGUCUGUCAGGACACGCCGCUGGCGGGCAUGUGGGCCAACAUUCGCACGCUGCGGCUCGCUGACGGACCGGACGAGGUGCACCUGCAGCAGCUUGGCAAGAACGAGAACAAGAGGGGCAAGGAGGUCACGGACAAGAUCCAGUGGCAGAAGCAGAAGACGGAGCAGCUGCAUGCGCAGUACAAGACCUCGACGUUCCAACCUGGGGCCAAGAUUACCAAGUCCAAGCUGAUUGACAAUUGGGAUGAGAGAAGUGAUCUGCAACCCGUUGGCCCGCCGCCGCUCCAUUUCAAGAGAUCCUGCGGCAUUAAGGUCCGGGAGGUGACGCUGCUAGUUACCUUGGAGAUGGGCACGUUGGACAGCUCAGGACCGUUCAUGCCGGCAGCAUUGACCACAGAUGCAACCUCUCUCUUUCCCCGGUGGGACGGGAGAUGGGGUCAGAGCCACUCCACAGACCGAGAACUAGAAUUGAUGGGCAAAAAGGAUGUAAUGGCAAGGAACCAUAGCUGGCAACAUAAGGUCCGGGGUGCUGGGCUCGGUGUCUCUUGGUGUCUUUUGUUCCUUAAUACGGAGUACGGAUACAUACUGCAUAGUGAUGGCGCCGUCGCCGUUUCGAUUAGCCCGUUGCCCCGUCAACAUCCCAGAAAAUUCGUUUACUUCGACACCCGGCAACUGCUCCACCCACUUUACCACCCAACGUGUGCCAGACAGGGCCUUUUCGUUGCUUUCCAACGCAAGCACCCGUUAAGUACAAAGACCUUCUUCCUUCUCUACAUUGGGACCCAAGCCACAGACCAUCCAAAUCCACCACCAGCACUUUACACAUCCAUCUUCCUUUACCAUCCCACUGCAAACCAGACCAGAACAAACCAUCCAUCCAUCCAUACACAGACACUCAAACACACACUUUGCGCCUUCAGCUUCACGCAUCGAGCAGUAGAACCACCUUCCGAGUAUACAGCACAAGCUCAGCAUUGCGCAUUGCAUAUACAGCAACCAAACCAAACCACCACACCACUCAAACCUCAAGCAAACAUGUCUCCCAACGUACUCGGCGACAAGGACGUCAACGCCACCGUCGUGGUCAGUGACCCUCAGUCCACCAAGGACCUCAAGAGCAUGGAGUACCACCGCCAGGUCCUGCAGAACAAGAUGGCCCAAGAGAAGUACGACAAACUACAGCCUCGCAGCAGUAACAAGAACAAAACUCUAAACUCCAUUGUCCUCGAUAGGUCCAAGACGUACAUCUCGCCAUCUGACAACAUCAUGAGCCCUUGCACCGCUAAGCUCAGCGCCCUUCGCAACAAGCAGGUUGGCAAGGUCAAGCCCAAGUCUCUUUUCGCCCAGACUUCUGCCAAGAAGCUCAGAAGCGACGCCGCCGUGUUCGGCGACCAAGCAGGCACGCCUACCAAAGACAGUGCCUUCUAG